AUGGAGACCAUGAAAGCUGUUUCGAGGAACAUGGGCGCUGGAGAGCCGCGAGGCAACAGGAUGUCGCACAUGAUGUCUGCGAACGAGGGCCCAAUGGAUAUCAUCGCCAAGGUGUCGGGGCAGCGCAAAGAUGGCAUUCGUGAGGACGAUGGUCCAUAUUUCACCAACAAUGAAGGUAUUCCAUUGCCAGAUCCGGAGCACAGCAAGACUAUCGGCGGCAUUCCAAUCGCCAGCGAUGUUCAUCUCUUCCAGAAGCAGCAGCACUUCAACCGCUCCAAGAAUCUUGAGCGAAUGGUACACCCUUGCGGCUCAGGAGCUUUUGGUUACUUCGAGUCGACUGCCGAUGUCUCUGAUAUGACAAAGGCCGAUUUCCUGCAGCGUGUGGGCGAGAAGACACCCAUCUUCAUCCGCUUCAGCACAGUCACUCUUGGCCGUGAAUUCCCAGACGAGGCUCGAAACCCGCGCGGAUUCGCAAUCAAGUUCUACACUCGCGAGGGCAACUAUGAUCUGGUUGGCCUGAACUUCCCAGUCUUUUUCUGUCGUGAUCCUAUUCAGGGACCAGAUGUUAUUCGAUCUCAGGCUCGGAACCCAAAGAAUUUCUUGCUUGACUACGAUGCGACCUUUGACUUGCUCGGGUGCACACCAGAAGGCAAUCAUGCGGGUCUCAUGUUCUUCUCGGACCACGGCACUCCCGAUGGCUGGAUCAACGAGCACGGAUAUGGUUGCCACACUUUCAAGUGGGUCAACAAGGAGGGCAACUUCGUCUACAUCAAGUACCACUUCAUUGCCGAACACGGCCAGAAGCAGCUCACUGAGCCAGAGGCCAUUCGUAUCUCUGGGGAGGACCCUGACUACUCAAAGAGGCAGCUGUGGGACGCGAUCGAGGGAGGCCAGGAGAUCAAGUGGACUGCAAAGGUGCAGAUCAUGAAGCCAGAAGAAGCUGACCCAGAGAAGCUUGGCUUCGAUCCCUUCGAUGUCACCAAGGUGUGGCCAAGAAGUCAAUUCCCAAUGCACGAGUUCGGGCGUCUUGUGCUCAACAAGAACCCGGAGAACUACCAUCGUGAUGUCGAGCAAGCCGCUUUCUCGCCAGGAAGCAUGCCACCAGGCAUUGAGGACUCCCCAGACCCGCUCCUGCAGUUCCGUAUGUUCUUCUACCGCGAUGCUCAGUACCACCGCAUCGGUGUCAAUCUCCACCAGGUCCCGACCAAUUGUCCCUUCAUGGCGAACUCCCUCUCAUCAAUCAACUUCGACGGCGCCAUGCGAGUCGACGGCAACCACUCUGGCAACAAGCAGUACACGCCCAACUCAUUCGCUGACCCGAAGAAGUUCCGCGACGAUGUUGCUGAGGCUCCAUACAAGGUUUCUGACAAUGUCGUCAGCCGCAAGAGCCAUUACUACCACGAGGGCAAGCUCAGCGAGUACGAUCAGCCGCGUGAGCUAUAUCAGCGUGUGAUGGACGAACAGGCACGCAAGAACUUGCACCACAAUACCGCUAAGAUGUUGUCCCACGUCAACUACCCUAUCAUCCAGAAGCAAUAUCUGGCACAGAUUUACAAUAUCGCACCGGAGUAUGCGCGCGGUGUGUUCGAUUUGACCAAGUUCAAGCACAACCAGCCGUUUGAGUUCAGUGAGGUUGAGACCAUGAGUAAGGAUGCGCCGACCUUUUUCAAGAACCCGAAGUUCCGACCGGAUCCUACGAAUCGCCUCACCGGCUUUGCACCAGAGAAGCCUUUCUACCAUGUUUAG